UGAUGUCAUUCGCUGACUACGGGUUUGUCGUCAACACAAGCAGUUGAUGGAGAGACGGGAAGCCAGAGGUUUGAUACUGUCCUUUUAGAAGAUACAGAGUUAAACUGAAAAAUAUACCCGGAACUCGGAAGUUGACACACGUCAGUUACUCUCCACCUAAACUGAGAAAAACGACACCUCCAAACAUGUCCACAGCCCUUGACCGCAACAUUGACCUGUCCAAGUACCGCCUCAAGGACCGCGUGCUCACGUGCACCAUUUGCCUCGAUCUGUUCAACGACCCGAAGAUCCUGCCUUGCUUCCACACAUUCUGUAAGGGUUGUCUAUGGAGUCAUGUUCUCAACACAGUGAAGCUACAGCGCUUCCCCUGCCCCCUCUGCCGCACCGAGAUCCGCCUCCCCGAGGGUGGGGUCGACCAUUUCCAAGGGAACUUCUACAUCCAAGAGUUCACCGACCUCAUAAAACAGGAAUCCGAGGUCAAGGUCAAAAAUACGAAAAAUGGCGGCCGCUCUGAGACAGACGUCACCGUUUUCGGUGAAAAGAAAUACCCCAACGCCAUCUCAUACAAAGACUUGUACUGCCCCACCCACGCAUAUAAGAAGGAGUGGGUGGUAUCGUAUUGUGCGAGGUGCAGGGUACCCAUCUGCCUGCAGUGCAAGAUGCACGAACACUCGGGGCACGAGUGGGAGGACUUGGCGGUGGUUGUGGGCGAUGCGCAGCGACAGCUCCACACGCUUGAUGCCAGGGUGAAGCGCUACCGGAAGGUCCUCGGGGAUCUGAGUGAGGACAGGCGUAGCUACAUGGACAACUUCUGUUCCCAGGUCAGCUCCGUCACCAACCAGAUCAAGACGUGUGCUGAGGACAUCAAGCACAAGGUGGACAGCAGAUGCGAGUCGCUGCUGCUACUACUGGACCAUCUGAAAGUGACCGAGACUAGCAGGGUGGAAUCUCACGAGCUCCAAGUGGGAACCUGCAUCAGCAGUCUAGGGGAGGUAACCCAGGGAGUAGAACACAUGAUGAAAGGGUCCGGUGUCCUUGACCUUCUAGCAAACAAGACUUACCUCAAGGAGAAAGCAGACGAUACUGUAAGGAGCAUCCCAGCAUUCAUAGAGAAAAUCAGCGUCGUCUACGAUCGUAAAAACCCCGACGGCUUGGCUCAAAAGAUUGAGUGUGCUUUUGGUUAUCUCAGCACGGAGAAGGAUAUGAGCGGGGGAGAUGACAGGGAGGCUGUCCUGGACCCUCCGACAACCCCUGGCCUGAUCACUGGACAACCUGAGGAGAAUGUCCAGCAACCUGUUCUUGAGCAGUUCAACGUAACGCCCAGCAGACCCGGCCUAAUACAGCGGGCCGUGUUUAAAGUUAGGCCUAACAAUGCAGGCAUCAGAUUCAUUGUCCCAAUACCUAGCCUGGGGAUUGUGAUCGGCUACGACUCGAGCCCCCGGCACCUGGACGUCGUUGACGAAGUCGGGAACAAGAUCCAGACCUACGACGCCGUGCCCAACACCUCCUGUGCGCUACUUCUGGGGCAAACUAACCUGGCGUUAUGCACGUCAACACCGCGACAACUGAGCCAGAGACGGCUGCCUCAGUUCAGCUCCAUCUCGUACCGCACCAGCGAACUGCCCUUCACACCCACAGGACUCGCCGUCAGGGACCCUCGGGAGCUUAUCAUCUGCGGCAAGGAGAAGGCGGGCAUUGGAACCGGCAUAUACAGAUACAGCCUGGAAACUAAACAGAUUCGCUGUGUGUACGCAAAUGGUGACCUUCACAUUCUAAAAGCGCCCUCUAGUGUCGUAGUCACUCAAGAUGGCGACGCCGAGGUGUUCGUCGUAUCUGACCCAAAGCGCAAGGCCGUUUUCUUUUUCGACAUAGCGGGGAACCUCCUGAAUACUUUCCCCACACAACGCUGUAGCUUCUGUCCAGAGGGUUUGUGCUGUGACGCUGAGGGCAACGUCCUUGUCGCCGACAAGGGAAACAACUCUGUCGUGCUUCUUUCCCCGAUGGGCGUAUUCAUUCAGGAACUAACGAGAGGCGUCAACCCCCGGGCCCUCAGCUUUGACGGGGCGGGGAGACUGUGGAUGGGGGAGUCUGAGGGAACGAUUACCAUCUUUGAUUAUGUCAUGUAGAUUGAGAGGGGAUUUAUAUUUUAUACCGUUCUUAAAAAUAUUAAGUUUCAUAAAUGGACUGGAAACUAUUCUCCUCCAUAUUUUGUAGGCAUGUUUUAAGAAAAUAUUUCUAUUAUAUUACGUAUAGAUUUUAGAAUAUAUAUUAUGUUUUCUACUAAAAAUAUAUCAUGUAACAUUUUCACUUGAUAUCAAUUUUUUUCGCGGAUCAGAAACCAUAUAAACACAUUAAAAGAUGUCUUAAUAUAUAUUCUAUACAAAUUAAAUUAUAACAGGGUUAAAUUGUGUAUUUAUGUUUGGAAUAAAUAUGUUCUUACAGUCAUUUUGGUGUCUUGCCGGCUUGAAUGUUCCAUACCUUCCAAAAUAUGAGGAGAUGAGGGCAUGGCUGUACUACCCAGGUAAGGUUCGUGGUUUGUGUUGGCUUUCACAACAGAUUGGUAGUAAAUAAAUAAAUGGAAAUCCGGAUGGUUACGGCCAAGAACGUCUAAACGUUGCCACGUGUCCUUAUUUGUACGUCCGCAGAAUUUCACUGGAAACGGUACUGCCUGAUGCAACGAAGUUUAAAUGGGCCCUGAUCUCUGACAAUU